CACAACCGUUACGAUGUCAGCAGACGUAGCAUAUAUAAAAUUUAGCCCUUGCCGAAAACAAAGCAGCUAACACAAAAUCACCCUGUCACUGAUAGUUCAAAUUUGAUAUUUUAUUUUUUGGCUUUGCACUUGUUGUUCAGCUUAUAUUUGUGUGGUGUCUUGUGCGUUAGCGAUAAAAACAACCGCUAUAAAUGUUUUUACCUAGAUAAACAAAAAAAAAAAGCGCCAAUAAUAACUCGAGGAUAAAAACCGCUCAGACCACAGCUGAACAUGGCGAGCGCUGCCGACGCCGUUGUGCAGACGAAAAGUGGGCCGGUUGUGGGCAAAUAUUGUACGAGCAUCUACAGCGAUGAUUACGUCAGCUUCGAGCGCAUACCGUACGCGUUGCCGCCCCUGGGCGCGCUGCGCUUCAAGGCGCCACUGCCUGUAAAGCCGUGGAAACAGGCGGUGAUCUGCCGGCAGAAGGGCGAGAAGCCGCUGCAGUUCAAUCAGUACACCCAGCAGCUGGAGGGCGUCGAGAAUUGCCUGUAUCUGAAUGUGUAUGCCAAGUCGCUGCACACGAAGACGCCGUUGCCGCUGAUUGUUUUCUUCUUUGGCGGUGGCUUUGAAAAGGGCGAUUCCACCAGAGACUUGCACAGUCCCGACUAUUUUAUGAUGCGCGAUGUGGUUGUGGCCACCGUUUCGUAUCGUGUGGGCCCACUGGGCUUUCUCAGCCUGAAGGAUCCGGCGGCGGGUGUGCCCGGCAAUGCUGGCUUAAAGGAUCAACUGAUGGCUUUAAAAUGGAUCAUAAAGAAUGCAUCCAGCUUUAAUGCGGAUCCAACGAAUGUAACUGCAUUUGGUGAAAGCGCUGGCGCCGCCUCAGUGCAUUAUCUUAUGGUGAAUCCGCAUGCCGAAGGCCUCUUUCAGAAAGCCAUCAUGCAGUCUGGAAAUGCUUUGUGCUCAUGGGCGCAGUGUGCGGUGCCCAAUUUGACGCGGCGACUCGCUGAAAAUCUGGGCAUGCAGAAAAUUGAGCUGGCCUCGGAUCUCAAGGUUUUGGAGUUUCUACAGAGCGUGCCCGGCGAUCAGCUUGUGAGGCCUUAUCUGCUCAGCGAAGCGGAAAACUUGGAUGACAGUGUCUUUCAGUUUGGUCCCGUCGUGGAGCCAUAUGUCACCGAGGGCUGUGCGAUAUCCAAGAAGCCCAUUGAGCUGCUCGCUAAUGCAUGGGGCAAUAAUAUUCCGCUCUUGAUGAGUGGCACCUCCUUUGAGGGUCUGCUAAUGUAUGGACGUGUGCAUAUGUCGCCCUAUUUGCUCACCAGCCUCAAGAGCCAGCCGGAGCAUCUGCUGCCGCUGGAAUUGAAACGCACGUUGCCGCAGGCCUUGGCCCGUACGCUGGGCAAGCGUAUACAAUUUAUGCACUUCCGGGAUAAGCCAUUGGAGCUGAAGCCCGACAGCGUGGCGGCCUAUUGUGAGUACGCCAGCUAUAAGGUCUUCUGGCAUCCCAUAUUGCGCACCAUCAAGGCACGCCUAGAAUGCUCCAAAGAGCCCACCUAUCUAUAUCGCUUCGAUUUUGAUUCAUCCACGUUCAAUCAUCAACGUUUGAAAUAUUGCGGCGAUAAGCUGCGUGGCGUUGCCCAUGUGGAUGAUCAUUCGUAUAUUUGGUAUGGCGAUUUCUCCUGGAAGCUGGACAAGCACACGGCCGAGUUUCAGACCAUUGAGCGCAUGAUUGACAUAUUGACCACAUUUGCUAGCACUUCAGAUCCAAAUUGCAGGACUGUUGAAUCCAACUUGGCCAAGGGCACAGUUUGGGCGCCACUAAGUAAAAAGAAUAUGAAGUGCCUAAACAUUUCGGAGGACGUGAGGGUGAUCGAAUUGCCCGAGCUGACCAAGUUGCGGGUUUGGGAUAGUGUCUAUAAGGCGCGAGUGAGAUAACUCUGCCUAAAUAUAAACGAAAUUCUAAAAUGACAAAGCCAUUAAAUUAACAGUAUAUACAA